UCCUCUUCCAAAACUUACUCGAUUUAAAUACAGCAAAUUUAUUGCGACAUGCUGACUUGGCGAACGAUGCAAAUAACUCAAAGACAAUUCACGACGACAGCGCAGUACUAAAACGAACAGUUAAGAGCAUGAUCGAUAUUAAAGAAUCAAAGAAGGAAGAUGAAGAACUACUCUUACCAGAUGUUGCUACUAAGAAAUUCAAUAAAUUUUCCGAAUUUAACAUCGAGACUGUUAUCAUGAAAGGGGUUGUUAAACAAUUGGAAAAGUGGCCUUCUUAUCUAUUCUUUGUCUUUUUUAUCGGUUGCAUUGUAAUUGUGAAUCUUGUUUUAUUAAUUAUUGCAACUGUUACUUUUUCAUUACCUACGAAUAACACGAACAUUAAUAAUAAUCGAGAUGAUAUUAUUAAUGGUAAAUCGAUUAACGUAUAUUCGAUUAAAGAAGAAAAUCGUAUUUGGUCUAUGAUAGAUUUUUGCUACAUUGAAAGUGCAGCACGUGAGAAUCCAGAGUUAAAUAUCAAUCUAAUUAACAUAUACAAAGAAAUACCUAAGGAAGAUAUUAAAGAAAACGUUUUAAUAAGAACAAAAUUCGAGCCUGAAAUUAGUAGAAUUACAAAUGCUAUUGAUUUACGAAACAAAGAAAGCAAAUCUUUAAGAAUAAUAUUAGAAACUCGUUUAAGAGAUCAACUUGCUCGUAAAUAUGAAAACGUUAAUACUCAAAAUAUCAUCGUCGACAAUUUCUUUGAAGGUACAAACCUUUCUAAAGUUGUUGGAAAUUUAAAUAAUAAAAUAUUAAAAUUAGCCACCGAAGCGUAUUUCAUUUGGAAUUCAUCUGGAAUUGCUAUUAAUCCGAAAUUAUAUUGCAAUUUGAAAUAUAUUUCACAGGUUAUGUGCAAAAAAGAAAAUGAAAAAUGUGUAUUGGAUGCAUUGGCAACUAUUGAUCCUAAAAAUGAUAUUCAAGCUGCUGGAGUACCUUGUCAAAUAUUCCUAGGAUAUUUUAUAAAUGAAAUAUCGAAAAACGAUUCGAUUCGUAAAGGAGAGAUAUUGUUAAAGUCCAUAAACAGUUUUUGUCCAAGAACAUAUUCUUGUAACGAAAUUAGAAUCUUGAAAGAUGUUAAAAGGUGCACAUUGAAUACCUCGAAGUGUCCAAUCGUUUACAAUUACAUGUUACCUCAUUUAAAACAAAAGUAUUAUAAAGAAUAUCGUAAAUAAUUAUAUUGUUUAUAAGAUAAUUACAAAUAAAAUAA